AGUUACGGCUCAGUUGAAAAGAACAGAACUCCGUCAUCGCGGCUUCCGAAAAAACGUCUCCGUCCACCAUGCGCUUCGCGACCCUGUUGCUGCUCCUUGCGCCGUGCGCAGCCUACGUGGCGCCCGGCACUGCGCCGGCCGCCGGUGCCGCGCCGGCUCGCCACGUGGUGCAGCAGCAGCAGCAGCAGUUGCUGGAGGAGGAGACGAACAGCGGAACGGGAGCGCUGCUGGCGAGCGGAUUUGGCCUUGGCGCUUUGCUGGGCUGGAUGACCUCGCGUAAGCAGCAGAUCGCUUCGACCGUUGCGGCGGUAGCGGUGGCGGUGCCCGCGGCAGCCAAUGCCAUGGUGGACUACGACAACAUCCAGUACCUGGGUGGAAGUGACAAGGUGGACAUCAACAACGCCAACAUCCAGGCCUAUCGUCAGUUCCCCGGCAUGUUCCCCACCAUCUCGGGCUUGAUCGCCACCCAUGGACCCUACAAGCAGGUCUCAGACAUCUACAACAUCCCCGGGAUGGAGGACAAACUGAAGAACAUUGUGAAGAAGUAUGAGGGCAACCUGGUGUGCCUGCCAGCCAACCCAGCCUACUUCAUUGACCGCAUCAACAACGGCAACUACCGUUGAGCCUAUCCCGGAGCCGCACUUGUCAUACCAAACCUGAGCCGAAAAGACCGCCCAUGUCAUGGUCUCUACCCAAACAGAUAAACCGCUGCUAGGAAAGUCGACACCAGUGAGCAGCUAGGCACCAGCAAGUG